AUGGCCCAUCAAACCCCAAGACAACGUGCUGCUAACCUGAAAUUUGCAAAAGCUAACGAAAAGAAGCUAGGUAAACCAAAGGAGACCAAGAAGGCUGACUAUCCGGUUUCAAAAACCUGGAUGUUUGUGUUAUUAUUUUUGUUGAUCGGGGGUGGUGUUUUAGAGUUAAUUAGUAUGCUAUUUUAA